UCGACCACACUAUUCGCUAUACUCGCGUCCGCUAGAUGGCUCCACACACAGGCAGCCAGAGAGAAGAAAAAUCAAUAGAAAUUUUCAUUUUCGUGAAUUGCUCUGCGUUCGGCAAUAGUUAACAACAAAUCCGAGGCGAACAGCAAGGCGAAGCGUCUGCCAGGUGGAGUUACAUAAAGUUCAGUCCAGCGAUCCACACAUUCCGCCAGCCAACACCCCGUAGGCGAAGCCCAAGCCAAGCGCUCGCUCCGCAAAACUCCGAUCUCCUCUCUGCCUCAGGAAUUCCGGAACGCCAACGAUUUUCCCCUGCUGCUGCUGCUGGUGCUUCGAGUGAAAAAAGCAAACCCUUUUUCAGGUCCGCAAAAAGAGUCACGAAGAGACCCAUAGAAAGAGAGUGAUCCAGAAGCGACACAGAGAGAGAGCAACAGAGAAGAUCCAACGUCGAGUUCGAGCGAUAAGAACGCCUCGAGACUCGGCCGCCUCCCAUCGACGAUUUUCUUGCGCCCCCAGUUUGCAUAAAACCAGCGAAAAUUAACAAGCUAACUACCAUGGCGCCGGUGCGGGGGGAUGGCAUGAGAGGCCUGGCCGUCUUUAUAUCGGAUAUAAGGAACUGUAAAAGCAAAGAGGCGGAGGUCAAACGUAUAAACAAGGAGUUGGCCAACAUAAGGAGCAAAUUUAAAGGAGACAAAACCCUGGACGGUUACCAGAAGAAGAAGUAUGUCUGCAAGCUGCUCUUCAUCUUUCUCCUCGGCCACGACAUCGACUUUGGCCACAUGGAGGCGGUCAACCUGCUGUCCUCCAACAAAUACUCAGAGAAGCAGAUCGGUUACCUGUUCAUCUCGGUGCUGGUUAACACGAAUAGCGACCUCAUCCGGCUGAUCAUUCAAUCGAUCAAGAAUGACUUGCAGUCGCGGAAUCCCGUGCAUGUCAACCUGGCGCUCCAGUGUAUCGCCAAUAUCGGCAGCCGCGACAUGGCCGAGUCCUUUUCCAAUGAGAUACCCAAGCUACUCGUCUCGGGCGACACCAUGGACGUGGUGAAGCAGUCGGCGGCGCUGUGUCUGCUGCGUUUGUUCCGCUCCUCGCCGGACAUUAUACCGGGCGGCGAAUGGACCUCACGCAUUAUCCAUUUGCUCAACGAUCAGCAUAUGGGAGUGGUGACAGCGGCCACCUCGCUGAUCGACGCCUUGGUGAAGCGCAAUCCGGACGAGUACAAGGGUUGUGUAAAUUUGGCGGUAUCUCGUUUAUCCAGAAUUGUGACGGCCAGUUACACGGAUUUGCAGGACUACACUUACUAUUUCGUGCCGGCUCCCUGGCUUUCGGUGAAGCUUCUUCGCCUGCUGCAGAAUUACAAUCCGGUAACCGAGGAGGCGGGCGUUCGUGCUCGCUUGAAUGAAACACUGGAGACCAUUUUGAACAAGGCCCAGGAGCCGCCAAAGAGCAAGAAGGUGCAGCAUUCGAACGCCAAGAACGCUGUACUGUUCGAGGCCAUCAAUUUGAUCAUACACAGCGACAGCGAGCCGAAUCUCUUGGUGCGCGCCUGCAACCAGUUGGGUCAGUUCCUCAGCAACAGGGAGACCAAUUUGCGUUAUUUGGCUCUGGAGUCCAUGUGCCACCUGGCCACAUCGGAGUUCUCGCACGAGGAGGUAAAGAAGCAUCAGGAGGUGGUCAUCCUGUCGAUGAAGAUGGAGAAGGAUGUCUCCGUGCGUCAGAUGGCAGUUGAUCUUUUGUAUGCCAUGUGUGAUCGUGGCAAUGCCGAGGAAAUUGUACAGGAGAUGCUUAACUAUCUGGAGACGGCCGACUACUCGAUACGCGAGGAAAUGGUGCUCAAGGUGGCCAUUCUUGCCGAGAAGUACGCCACGGAUUAUACUUGGUACGUGGAUGUUAUCCUCAAUCUUAUACGCAUUGCCGGCGACUAUGUUUCGGAGGAAGUGUGGUAUCGCGUCAUCCAGAUCGUGAUUAACCGCGAGGAGGUACAAGGUUAUGCCGCCAAGACCGUUUUCGAGGCCCUGCAGGCGCCCGCUUGUCACGAGAAUAUGGUCAAAGUGGGUGGCUAUAUUCUGGGAGAAUUCGGUAAUCUUAUCGCCGGCGAUUCCCGUUCGGCACCGCUGGUGCAAUUCAAACUACUGCACUCCAAGUAUCAUCUGUGCUCCCCCAUGACCCGAGCACUGCUCCUCUCCACGUACAUCAAGUUCAUUAAUCUGUUUCCGGAGAUUCGCACCAACAUCCAGGAUGUGUUCCGUCAGCACAGCAACCUUCGGUCAGCCGACGCCGAGUUGCAACAGCGAGCCAGCGAAUAUCUACAACUGAGCAUUGUAGCCUCGACCGAUGUGUUGGCCACCGUCCUAGAGGAGAUGCCAUCGUUCCCCGAACGAGAGAGCUCCAUACUGUCGGUGUUGAAAAAGAAGAAGCCCGGUCGGGUGCCGGAGAACGAGAUCCGUGAGUCGAAGAGUCCGGCUCCGCCGUCUGUCACGCAGAACAAUGUGCACGUGAACAAUUCGCACAGCAAGUUGAAUAACAGCAAUGCGAAUACAGAUCUCCUUGGGCUGAGUACUCCGCCUUCGAAUAAUAUCGGCGGGAGUGGCGGCAACAGCACCCUCAUCGAUGUCCUUGGGGAUAUAUACGGCGGCGGCAACAACAAUUCGAGUGCCGUGUACAACACCAAGAAGUUGUUCAAGAAUAAUGGAGUUCUCUUCGAGAACGAAAUGCUGCAGAUCGGGGUGAAGAGCGAGUUCCGCCAGAAUCUAGGACGAUUGGGACUGUUCUAUGGCAACAAGACACAGGUUCCCCUAACGAACUUCAACCCGGUGUUGCAAUGGUCCGCCGAGGAUGCGCUCAAGUUGAAUGUGCAAAUGAAGGCUGUGGAACCGACCCUGGAGGCCGGUGCCCAGAUCCAACAGCUACUCACCGCGGAAUGCAUCGAAGACUAUGCCGAUGCGCCGACCAUUGAGAUCAGUUUCCGCUACAAUGGCACCCAGCAGAAGUUCAGCAUCAAGCUGCCACUGAGCGUUAACAAGUUCUUUGAGCCAACCGAGAUGAAUGCCGAGUCCUUCUUUGCCCGAUGGAAGAAUCUGAGCGGGGAACAACAACGGUCACAGAAAGUGUUCAAGGCGGCGCAGCCACUGGAUUUGCCUGGCGCCCGCAACAAGCUGAUGGGCUUUGGCAUGCAGCUGUUAGAUCAGGUGGAUCCCAAUCCGGACAACAUGGUCUGUGCGGGCAUCAUUCAUACGCAAUCCCAACAGGUGGGCUGCCUGCUGCGAUUGGAGCCAAAUAAGCAAGCUCAGAUGUUCCGGCUGACCAUUCGUGCCAGCAAGGAGACAGUGACCCGGGAGAUAUGCGACCUGCUGUCGGAUCAGUUCUAAGCCACAAUCAAUAUGGACAGGAGAGAGGCGGGUUGAGAUGGAGCCACGGCAACCACUUUACAAUGCACAAUCCCAAUCACCUAGAGAAAAAAAUAUCAAAAGCAGAGAGCGUUUAGUUAUGCCAAGCAGCCACUCCUAAUCUCUCUUCAUACGUACCUUUCAUCUUCUCCAGCAGCAGUGAGUUUUGCGGAGUGAGCUAUACCCUCUGUACCCCACUUGUCCCGUUUCCUGUUUUCUGUUUCCUCUUGAUCCCUUGAUUUGAGAAUAUUACUCGUACUUCAACACCAUUUUCCACUGUCCACUAUCCACCUUUCACUCACCCGAACACCCGUAUCAGAAUUCUUUGUAAAUGUUAAGCUCAAAAAGUUCAUAAUAGUAGCGAAGCGAGAGAACAUAAUUAGAUUAUGUUUCAGUGUAUGACAAAUUAUAUAUUGUUGCAUCAUUUCGAGGCAGAGUAGCAAUUGGAUAUUAUAUACCUAUUACACAGCAGAUAUACAUUCAUACAAGCCACAUACAUAUACCUAGUAUAUACGUCGUUGUAAUAAAAACAAGAAACAAUACAAAAAACAAAAGGUAAUUGCUUGCAA